AUGUGUGCUAAAGGUGGUUUCAAUUUGACAAAAUUUGUGUCUAAUAAUAAUGAAGUUUUACAAGCUGUUGAUGAGAAUGAUCGCUCGACAAAGUUCAAGAAUUUAGAUCUUGGAAGUAACCCAAUACCAGUUGAAAGAGCACUGGGUGUUCAAUGGUGUAUUGUGGAUGACAGUUUCACUUUUCGUAUUACUUUGAAAGAUCGUCCUUUCACAAGGCGUGGAAUUCUGUCAACAGUAUGUUCAAUCUAUGAUCCGUUCGGAUUUAUUGCUCCUGUUGUCUUAGAAGGAAAACGCAUUCUUCAGGAGUUGUGUCGUGAUAAGUGCAAAUGGGAUGAACCCGUUCCAGAUAAUUUGAAACCAAGAUGGGAGCGAUGGAGAAAUGAUCUUCAUCAUCUUGCCGAAUUAAAAAUUCGACGAUGUUUCAAGCCAAGUAAUUUUGGUGAAAUCAAGGAAACUGAAUUACAUCACUUUAGUGAUGCCUCGACUCGUGGAUAUGGCCAGUGCACCUAUUUAAGACUGACCAAUCAGAAAAAUCAAAUUCAUUGUUCAUUCGUGAUGGGAAAGUCUAGAGUAGCACCAUUGAAACCUAUCACGAUACCUCGAUUGGAAUUGACUGCGGCACUUGUAUCUGUUCGGGUUGGAGUCAUGUUGAGACAAGAAUUGAAUUUUGUCAACAUCAAGGAAACAUAUUGGACAGACAGUAAAGUUGUUCUUGGUUAUGUUUCAAAUGAUUCUCGUCGAUUUCACAUAUAUGUGGCAAACCGUGUUCAAGAGAUUCGUGAUCAUAGUGAGCCAAAUCAAUGGUUUUAUGUGGAUACAAAGAACAACCCAGCUGAUGAUGCCUCAAGAGGUUUGUGUCCAAAAGAUCUACUGACCAAACAUGAUCGAUAUCUAAAGGGACCUGAUUUUCUGUGGAAACCACUUACAGUGGAAAAAGAGUUUUCACAUGAAUUCGAAGAGCUUGAUGCUUCGGAUCCAGAAAUACGUAAUUCUGUGACAUUUUUGACUGAAGUAAAAGAGCAAUCCUUCCCAAGUCUUUUGGAGAGAUUGUCAAUGUUUUCAAGUUUAUACAAAGCUCAGAGAUUUGUUGUCAUUUUAUGCCGAUGGCUGAAAAUUCUUCAAAAUCGUAGAAACAAGAAUUUGACUUCAUCUUUUGAUUCAAUAACUGUACAAGAGAUGGAAGAUGCUAAGAAGAUAAUUUUAAAACUUAUGCAGUGUCAAGUGUAUCCAGAUGAAAUCGAAAUAUUGAACAAACCUAAGAAAUUCGAUACUGUAAAGAAAUCUUCAUCAUUAUUCAAGCUUGAUCCAUGUAUAAGAUCUGAUGGAUUGUUGAGAAUUGGGGGAAGAUUGAAAGAUUCAAGUUUGCCUGAAGAAUUGAAGCAUCCUGUCAUAUUGCCCAAGUCUCAUCAUAUUACAACUCUGAUAAUCAAGCAUUAUCAUGAAGUCGUGAAACAUCAAGGACGUGGAAUUACACUCAAUGAAAUAAGAUCUGCUGGAUUUUGGAUAGUUUCUGGCAUUGCUGCUGUCUCAAGUUUCAUACAUCACUGCACAAAAUGUAGGAGACUUAGAGGAACAUUUCAAGAACAGAAAAUGGCUGAUUUACCAAAAGACAGAAUGAAUGAUAGUCCAUGUUUUUCAUUUUGUGCUACAGAUUUAUUUGGCCCCUUCAUUAUCAAAGAAAGGAGAAAAGAACUCAAGAGAUAUGGAGUUUUAUUUACAUGUAUGGCAUCGCGUGCUGUUCGUGUUGAAAUCGCCCCAAGUUUAGAAACCGACAGCUUUAUAAAUGCUCUAAGAAGAUUUAUUUGCAGAAAUGGGCCAAUCAGACAACUGAGAUGUGACCGUGGAACCAACAUGGUUGGUGCAUCAAGAGAAUUAAAAGAGGGUCUACAGGAAAUGAAUCAUUCUAAAAUUCAAGAAGUUUACUUCGAGAAAAUUGUGAUUAUUUUCCAUUCAAGUUCAAUGUCAGCGCUGCAAGUUAUCAGGGAGGUGUUUGGGAACGUCAAAUUCGUAGUAUUUAGAGCAGUUCUUUCAUCCAUCCUGGAAAAGAAUGGAAGGCAACUAGAUGAGGAUUCUCUUCGCACUCUGAUGGCAGAGGCUGAAGCAGUUGUCAAUGGACGUCCUCUAGUUGUGGAUAAUUUUGUCAUGUCCUGA